GCCACAGCCAUUUAAACGGUACAUGCGCACGAAUCGCGUAAACUGCGGUUUUGUGUUGCCCAACUAACCGGCUGACCGAGUGCCCGGGCGAAUACACACCAAAGUACAUAGACGGCGGCCAACCACACAACAGGCUAAUCGGCAAAUCGGCGUAUCGACUCGCGUGUGCGCCUGCGUCAUUCACCACAUCAUUUAACGCUCUUCCAACGCCGAAGUGCUCACCGUUGUCAAUAUGAAUUGGCGUUGCAUUAUCAAUUUUAUUGCCGUGGCCGUUGUCAUUGCGGCGGCCAGUGGUCUCAUUGUAUUCGCCAUUGCGGUGCAAAAUACGAGCCGGCGCGUGGAACGAAAGUUGGCGGCGCAUGAAACCAAUUUAACACAAAUUGCAGAACAGUUGAUGUUGAUAGGCACAACAACAACAACUAAAGCGGCAAAAUUGGCAGAAACCACCGCAAUUACCGAAAUGGCUACCGAAUCAGGAAGUGCAGCAAACAUAAUAGCAACAAAUGAUAUCAGCACCGUUACAAGUGAUACAAAUACGUCAUUGACAAUAGACAACGAGCAAUCGGCCACGCGGGCGUAUGAGGAACCUAGAAUUAGUUUAGCAAGUGCAACGAACCCAACAACAACAACAAUGGCAAAGCGCGCAGCCAGAAAACCGGCUUACAUAACAAUGUUCAAUGCUGCAACUACGACAACAAAAAUAACCAGACUUAAGGCGAAACCCGUGGCAGCAGCCAUCGUGGCAGCGGCAGCACGCGCAGCAACUGUCUCACUUGAGGAAUCAACGGCAUGGAAGACAUUAACAUCACAUCCCAAUUCGCUGGUGCAACUCUUUCCGUCACGUGCCAUGCGAGUCGUGCAAGAGGUGGUCAGAUCGUUACGCAAAGACACAAAUGUUGUCAUCCAAACCACUUUGGGUAAAAUUCGUGGACGCUUUCAGAAGUACAGAUCCGGCGAACGAGGCGGCUACUACAGUUUUAAGGGCAUACGCUAUGGUGAACCACCAAUAGGAGCCAGCAGAUUUCGUGCUGCAAAGCCUGUGAAACCUUGGUUUGGCGUGCGCGAUGCAUCGCGCGAGGGCAACAGCUGUCCGCACAAGAAUAUGAUAUUGGACACCUUUAAGGGCAGCGAGGAUUGCCUAUUUUUAAACGUUUUCACCACACAGCUGCCCAAAGAGGAUGAUGAAGUGCUUUUGCCUGUUAUGGUUUGGCUACAUGGUGGCGGUUACUCAUUCGGUUCCGGCAACACUUUCCUCUAUGGUCCCGAUUACUUGGUUGCCGAGAAUAUUGUUUUGGUGACACUCAACUACCGGCUGGGUCCUUUGGGAUUUUUGACUGCCGGCCCCGAUGCGCCAGGUAAUCAGGGAUUGAAGGAUCAAAUACUUGCCUUGAAAUGGGUGCGUGACAAUAUCGCCGCUUUCGGUGGUGAUCCAAAACAAGUGACAGUCUUUGGUGAGUCGGCCGGUGCCUCAAGCGUGCAAAUGCUGCUGCUAUCACCACUCGCAGAGGGUCUCUUUCAUCGCGCCAUCUCACAAAGUGGUUCGGCGCUAAAUCCUUGGUCGAUGGCCGACAGUUCGUCAGAGCGCGCUUUCCGUUUGGCCGCCAACUUGGGUUAUGUAGGCGCCAAUGAUACCGAGGAGAUAUUGGAAUUCUUGCGACGCGUUCCGGCUAUGAAAUUGGUGGAAGCAGCACCCACGACUCUAACAGCUGAAGAUUCGCGCAACAAUAUUGGCUUGCCAUUUGUGCCGAUAGUAGAGGGUUAUUGGAAUGCGCGUGGCGAACGUGAAAUCUUCUAUGAAGAUCCUUUCAUCACACAACAUCCGAAUGAAAUGUACCAACAACAUAAGUUCCAUAGCAGCGUGCCAUACAUGACGGGCUAUAAUACGCACGAAGCAAUGCUCUUCAUACGAAGACUGCGCAAGAAUCCCAAGCUACUGGAGAUAAUUGAAAAUGAUUUUUCGCGCAUGGUUCCACGUGAUUUGAAUGUCACCGAUGAGCGUGCGCGGGUAACGCGCGACAUACGACAAUUCUAUCUGGGCGCCAAACAAGUGGGCGUGGAUUCGGUGGACGAAAUGAUUGCUCUCUUAACAGAUCUGAUGUUCUUGCACGGCAUACGCAAGACUGCGCGCAACCAUGCCAAAUACGGCAAUGCGCCUGUCUAUAUGUAUCGCUUCUCGUACGAUGGUGCACUUGGACUCUACAAAAGAAUGCUGGGGAUUUCCAGACCAGGCGUCUGCCACGGUGAUGAAAUGGGUUAUUUGUUUAAAUUCGGUUUCUUCAACCUGAGCUUGGAUCCGCGCUCAACAGAGGUGCUAGUGAAAAAUCGUAUGGUGCGCAUGUGGACGAAUUUCGCCAAGUAUGGCACUCCUACACCACAAACCGAGGAGGACGCACUAUUGACCACAACCUGGGAGCCGAUAAGCCCGCACACUGUGAUGGAAGAUCUCAGCUAUUUGGAUAUCUCUGCUAAUAUGAAAAUGCGUAGCAAUCCGGAAGCAGAACGGCAACAAUUCUGGGACUAUAUGUACACGCAUUUUAAUGGCGCUGCAAUGUAGUGCCGCUCUAUGGCACUAAUCUACACUCAAAUCAAAUAUAACGGUUUCAAUCAAAAUUUCUUUCAUAAUGCCAUAAACAAAAACAAAAAAUCACAAACGUCACAAAAGCAAAGCCAGUUAACCCUCCGUUGAACACCUUUUUUUAAAACCUUCGGUUGGGCACCCGGGUCUGGCUUUUUUCGUACUGUUCGAGGAUCCUUUUUUUAAAGGAAGCUACCAGUGGUAUCAUAAAGGAACUAUUCAGGCCUAAGUAUGUCGAAUGACAGCCACUCAACCGUACCUAACCUGCCUGGAAGCUCAAGUCGUUAGCUAUAAUAGAAAUGUGUUAAAUUCACGUCCAAAGUUGAAAAAGUAUGGCCAGGUCCGGGUGGACAACGGAGGAUUAAAAGCUAGAAAAUACGGAAUUAUUUUUUACUCCAAAGCGCAGAAAGUGGGAACAGAGUUUUA